AUGGACGACGGUAGACUGGUCUGCAGGAACCCUCGGGUGACCCUCAUCAAGCUUCGCCAGGACCUUCUCGAUGCUUACUAUGCCAUUGGCGAACCCAAGUUCUUCGACUCGGAACUACCCAAGAACCACAACGUUUUCAACUGGAACGACUAUCACUACACCGAGGGAUUUUUGGCUCAAUCGACCCGAUUCUUCGACACUUUCGCUUUUGAAGUCCUUGAAGACGGAGACGAACAGUCGGAUCUCGGCAAGAAGAUACUCGGUCUCCUCAACACUGACAAGACCAAGAAGCUUGACAACAAGUCUACUAAGGACAAGUCAGGAGCAGACGACACACCCAAGGACCAACAGUCGGGAAAGUCGCAACCCAUGGACAAGUUAGGAUACAGAUCCGACAUCGGUAAGUCGGGUUACAAGUCGGACGGAGGCAAUUCUGGUGGCAAGCCUCGGUACAAGUCUGGUGGCGGUCAAGACAGGAUGCAACCAGGCCAGGAAAACGACGGAGAGAAGUCGGAUUAG